GAACGAGAUUCUCCGGGGCGAAUCCUUCCCGACGUCACUCCUGGUGCCCCAUAAAUAGAGCGGGCAGGACUCCUCUCUGCACUUAAACUCAAAACACAUAAUUUCUUCAGCGCGUGAACGACAACAGAGGAUUAAACAUAAGCGAGUCCAUUCGGUUCCUGGAUAUUUGAACAGGACUAGUAUUACUCCUACUACCAGAAGCCACAUCACCUUUGAGCAGACCAUGACUUUGAACAAGGGAGAUAAACUGCGGAACAUGGAGAGGAGGCGAGGCAGCGUCCCCUUCCCAAUGCAUCUUCCCAACCUGCACCGGCGCAGCAUGCCCGUGGACGACCGCGACCUGCGCGCCUCAUUGCCUCCGAGUCAGGUGGACGAGCUGUCUAACCUGCUGCGCUGUACCUCCUCCUAUUCCUCCCCCGGAGAGCCACUACAGGACAGCUGCGUGUCCGAUUCCUCCGACUCGGUAAUCUCGUCCGGCAGCGACGCCGAUAACCAGCUGUAUAAGGUGGUCGUGUUGGGGGAACACGGCGUGGGCAAGUCCAGCCUCGCGCGCAUCUUCGGCGGUGUGGAGGAGGCUCACGACUCUGAGGAAACAGGAAACACCUAUGACAGAUCGGUGAUGGUUGAUGAGGAGGAGGCGUCCAUUUUGUUGUACGACGUUUGGGAACAGGACAACAGUCCCUGGCUGAAAGAGCAGUGCAUGAAAAUGGGAGACGCCUACAUCAUCGUCUACUCCGUGACGGACAAGUCAAGCUUCGAGAAGGCGUCGGAGCUGCGUAUACAGCUGCGCCGGGCCCGUCAGUCGGAAAACAUACCCAUAAUCCUUGUCGGCAACAAGAGCGACCUGGUUCGAUCCAGAGAGGUGUCUAAAGAUGAGGGCAGCGCUUGCGCCGUGGUCUUCGACUGCAAGUUCAUCGAGACGUCGGCGUCGCUGCACCACAACGUGCUGGACCUGUUCCAGGGCAUCGUGCGGCAGGUCCGCCUGCGACGCGACACCAAGGAGGAGAACGCACGGCGCAUGGCCAACUGCAAGCGGCGCGAGAGCAUCAGCAAGAAGGCCAAGCGCUUCCUCGGCCGCAUGGUCGCUCGCAAGAACAAGAAGAUGGCCUUCAGACAGAAGUCCAAGUCCUGUCACGAUCUCUCUGUGCUUUGAGGGGAAGGGGAUGCAGGACUCCCCCCCCCCCCCCCACCUGCUGAAGACCAGAAGCUGUGUGUGUGUGUGUGUGUGUGUGUGUGUGUGUGUGUGUGUGUGUGUGUGUGUGUGUGUGUGUGUGUGUUUUAACACUAACACUUAAAGGACUAGUAUCGUUGUACAGAAAUGCAAUAUAUUUUUUAUUUUUAUUAGAAACUAAACACAAGAGCCAACAGAGGACUUGUGGGUCUGAGAAUAUUCAGGCCGCGCCAAGAGGAAUAAUACGCAUGUUGUUGAUUUUUAUUUAUUAUUAUUAUUGUUAUCAUUAUGAUGAUUAUUUCAAGACAAUUAUUUUAUUCUGUGUCUGCCUUAAAAGAUUUUCUGCCAUCAUAUGGUCCUUUUUUUUCUCAUGGUCUGGUAGGAUUACCUGGUAGGAAAUUGUGUGUAUAUAAACGGUAUUCUGACAGACUGUGUAAGGAAAACAUACAAGUCAUGGUGUUGUCCAAGGCACACUGUGCCAGAUCUCAAACUUGGAUUUCUGGAGUCCGUUCUACUUGAUGAGUGGUACGCAGGUUCGUACCCGGCCCAAGUCAGGAUUAGAGAGAAGUUGUGUUUGUGUUUUUUAAAGAUUGACAUGACAUGAAUAAUAACAGCAAUAAACAGAUGUUGGUUGUUUGAAGCAUACGGUUACUAUGAAAUUAUUGUUUGCAUUUGUUUCUUUUGCAAUAAAAGGUAAUUAUUACUAUCCUUA